UUUUCAUCGCUAAGGCGCUCGAACUCGACAGGAAGUUGAAGGUGCAGCUUGACAGCAUCCCAGCCUCUGACAGCUGACAGAACUGGGAGAGGCUGUUACCGAUCACUUCGUUCGGAGUUCCGGGCCAUUGACCGGCCCGACUUCACCGCCCCACACCCAGCGGUGCCACUUCCUGCAUGAGUCCGUCCCGGUCCUGGCUCGACCAUGCCGAGACUGUCCGGAGCGACCCUGUACCUUUGUCUGCUCGCGCUGUUGGAGGCGGACAACACCGGCGCGAGCGCUUUAGAUGAGGAUACUUUCUCUAUUCAGCACUCUGGGACGGGAACGUGCCUGAGUGCACAGGCCCCUGCACAGCUGAUCCUUGCCACCUGCGACCCCAAAAACUCCUUCCAGCAAUGGAAGUGGAGCUCAGGUCAUCGGCUCUUCCACAUGGGCACGUCGCUCUGUUUGGCUAUGGAACUCCCAGUCAAGAAGGUGUACUUAACUGACUGCGGCUCCACCGACCCGUUGUGGUGGCAAUGUGCAGACGGAGCUCUUUUCACCGCUUACCAAAUGACUCUGUCGCUCAGUGAAGGCAAGUUAGUGGCCAAGCGAGAGUCUAAUGACACUUGGGUAAUAGGAGGAUCCCAGAGCAACAUCUGCACUAAGCCUUAUCGUGUUGUCCACACCACAGAUGGAAACUCAGCUGGCCUCCCCUGCGAGUUCCCCUUCAAGUACAACGGCAGCUGGCAUCACCGAUGCCUUCCUGACCCGGACGUACCUGGACGGACUUGGUGCGCUACCACCGCUGAUUUCGAUCAAGAUAAGAAGAACGGGCAGUGUCUGAUUCCUGAAGAGAACUGCAACACCCUGUUUGAAGGGCCAGUAGGAGACUCCUGCUAUGAGUUUGUAGCCACGGCUGCAGUGACCUGGCACGCCGCCUUGGACUCGUGUCGGAGUCAGGGAGCUGAUCUCCUCAGUCUGUCCGACACCGACAGUCUCACCAAUUUGAGCGGCUUCAGCAAAAUGCCAUCGAAGAUGUGGAUCGGCCUUCAUCAGCUGGACACUUCUCAGGGCUGGCAGUGGUCGGACGGGUCCCCCCUCUCUUUCCUACGCUGGGAGAAAGAUAUGCCACCCACUUCAUUGUUAAUCGAGGCGGACUGCGGAGUUCUGAACUCUAAACAGAACUACGAAGCGGAGUCAUGCAACCAACGACUGCCCUACGUCUGCAAGAAGAGGCUGAAUCAUACAGACGCAGCAGCAGCAGAGUCUUUCAUCUAUAAUGAAACGGUGUGUGAAGACAACUGGGUAUCAUGGAGCGGUUUCUGUUACAAGUUGGUAAAAGACGGGCCCAAGAACUUCACCGAUGCUCAGAACCACUGCAGCGUCUCUGAGGGGGGAGCAAUUUUAGCCAGUUUCCAUUCCAUUGACAGCAAAGAGUUGAUCAGCACCAAGUUCCAUGCAGACAGCAACAUUUUGAACGUGUGGAUCGGUCUGAUCGGUGUCGGCUUGAACCCCACGACCUUCAAAUGGACGGACGAGAAGCCUUUGACCUUCACUUACUGGGACCAGAAACAGCCCAUGCAGCCCUCUCAGACGUCCUCCUGUGUCUUCUACUCUGGAAAGUCUCACGGCUGGCAGGUUGGUGUUUGCACACAGAAGUUGCCCUUCAUGUGUCAAAAGACAGGAGAGCUCAGGGAGUCACCAGCGGUGGUCGGAUGCAGCUUUAAAGAUGGUUGGAGGAGACAUGGCAACUCCUGUUAUAAAGUGAACACAGAGCAAGUUCCCUUUAAAGAUCACUGUAACAUCACUAUAAGAAACAGGUUCGAACAGGCCUUUAUCAACCGGUUACUUGGCGAGCACAUCAAAACAGAACCUCAGUAUUUCUGGAUCGCGCUGCAGGACAUCAAGAACACAGGAGAGUACCAGUGGAUAAGCCCAGAUGGGUCACCCGGUGUGGUCACAUACACCAACUGGGGCUGGGCUAACCCAGCACAGGAUGGAGGCUGUGUUGUGAUAACCACCAGAAAACCCUUGGGCAGCUGGGAAGUGAAGAACUGCACGUUUUUUAAAGCUGGAACCAUUUGUAAGAAAGACCUCAGCCCGCCUCCACCUCCAGAACCGGAACCAAACCCAAACGCAACCUGCUCUGAUGGAUGGGUGUCCAGACAAGGCAUCAGAUACUGCUACAAGGUGUUUCAUGAGGAAAGAGUCAGCCGGAAGCGUUCUUGGGAAGAAGCCAGGAGGUUCUGUCAGGCUCUGGGAGCCGAUCUACCGAGCUUCACUAAUGUGACAGAGAUGGUGGCUCUGCACAACAUCAUAAGAGAAACUAUCAGCAAUAAUCGGUACUUCUGGGUAGGCCUGAACAGGAGAAAUCCAGAUGGUUUCUCCUGGGAGUGGAGUGACGGUCGACCCGUUUCCGUGGAUGUUUUACAUCAAGAUUUCAUUGAGGAUGAUGUUUACAGUCGGGAUUGCACAGCAUUCAAGACCAUGAGGAAUAGCUUAACUCACCUGCUGAUGUACGUGCUUCAUGACGUCGUGGUCGCACCUUUCUAUGCCAGACCGUUCCACUGCGACGCUCAGCUGGAGUGGGUCUGCCAAAUACCCCGCGGAAUCGACCCAAAAAAACCUGAAUGGUACAAUCCAGAUCCCCACCACGAGACGUCCAUCUUCGUCGACGGAUCAGAGUUUUGGUUUGUAAAGGAACCAAAGUUGGCUUUUGAGGAAGCCAUGCUCUAUUGCAAUCAAAGUGGCAGUAAACUGGCAGUUCCUCUGAGCUCGAGCGCUGCUACGAAGAUUCAGGCGCAGCUUCAGCAGUUGACGGGGACCCAACAAAACUGGUGGAUCGACAUGAGGCAGAGUGUGCGAGGCUUCGCUCCGUCCUACGCCCAAAAGUACUUCUAUCGCUCCUUCCUCUUGGGUCAGUGCACCGCCAUCAGUACGGACGGUCCCCUUUCACAGUUUAGUUGCCAGCAGAAAUUCCCCUUUGUCUGUGAAAGACGCAACAUCACAUUAGUGGAGAAAAACCCUCUGCUGCCUCAGCCUGGAGGAACAUCCUGUAAAGCCAACGCCUUGUCCUUCAGAAAUAAGUGCUACACACUGAUGAAAUUUGACGUCGCAAUGCCGUUCAAAACUGCCAGUGAGGAAUGCCAGUCUCUAGGGGAAACCUUGGUCACAAUAACCGAUCAGGUGGAACAAGACUUCAUCAACACCCUCCUGCCAAAGAUGAGAAACAUGUCCAAAAUAUGGAUCGGCCUGAAAAUCCGUCCGGGUGAGAGCUCGUGGGUGGACCAAUCUCCGAUCACCUACUUGAACUUUAACCCCCUGCUGCUGGGAAUGCAGAGGGGCAUAGACUCCAUGAGUUUGGACAUGUGCGUGUUCCUGAUCAAUAACGGCAGCUCUGAAACGCUGGGCACCUGGGAUUAUUCUUCCUGCAGUCUGCCACAGAAUCUGGGAAUCUGCCAACAUUACGCCGAUAAAGUGGAGCACGUUGUCUCUGAGAAGCCUUUCAAAGUGAACGGCCAGACCUUCCAGUUGAUUUUCCAAAACCUCACUUGGUUCAACGCUCUGGAGAAAUGCAAGAACAUUGGAAUGGUUCUGGCGAGCGUGUCCGAUGUCUUAGUGCAGUCUUCCCUCAGUGUCAACGUCAGCAAUGCCCAAACCCCCAUGUGGAUCGGCCUUCAUAGCAAAGAUAAUGGAAUGAACUUCGUCUGGGCUGACCACAGUCACACGGUGUACAGUCGCUGGUCUUCCGAGGCCAGCGAAGGCUUCUGUGUUUACUUGGACACCGACGGCUUCUGGAAAGCCACAGAGUGUAUGGAGGAACUCGGUGGGGCCAUCUGCUACAAACCAAACGAUCCCAGCAUCACUCCCAGCCAGGGCUCUGUGAAGUGUCCUCACGCCAUGAAUGGACCAAACUGGAUCCCCUGGGGGAAGAACUGCUACACCUUCCAGCUGGUGCCUUCACGAUGGGACUCAUUUCAGAGUGACCCAAUCAACAACACCUGCACCAAACUCCAUCCAGACGCCGACAUCCUGACCAUUCGGAACGAAGAGGAGAACGAGUUUGUUCGGAGAAUGCUCCAAAACUUCCAGUCCUUGGUUCAGUUUGUCUGGCUGGGAAUGUUCAAAGAUGACGUUGAUAACCAGACGCGGUGGUACGAUGGCACCGUUGUCCAGUAUUCCAAGUGGGAAGGAGGCAGACCAUUCUUGGAUUCCUCCUUCAUGGCCGGUAUCACCACCGACGGCACCUGGAUCCUCAUCACAAGCGAGAAUAUGUAUGCAGAGUUCAAGCAGAAGACGAUUGUGAGCUGCAAGCUGGAUAACGAAGUCAAACAGGAGUACAACCGAUCGCCUAAAGACUUCCAACACUACGGCAGUUUGACCUACAAGGUUUUAACCAAAAAACUAAACUGGUACCAGGCCGUGCAGGAGUGUAGCGAGCUUGGCGGCCACCUGGCGAGUAUCCACGACUUCAAGCACAACUCUCACGUUAAGCUUCUGGCUAAAACGGAUGGCUUCAACCUGUGGAUUGGCCUUUCUAAAGUCAGUAGCGUGGGCUACGAGUGGUCUGAUGGGACGAAGUUCGGCUACUCUCACAACGGCUUUAAUGCACACGGAGGCUCCAGCUCGGGCCAGCUGGAGGCCAGCUGUGUCUUCAUCACCCCGAACGGAACCUGGAUGAACACCAGCUGCAACACUAUGAUGGACGGCGCCAUCUGCUACACCACCGCCGUCACCACCCCCACACAAAGAGCUAAACUGAAAGCUGCUGCAGAAAGCAACCACUGUCCUCAAAGCAAAGGAGACUCCAAGUGGGUCCAGCAUCAGAGCCACUGUUACGCAGUUGACAUGCAGUGGUACAACUACUCAAUCUACAGCAUGGAGGAUGCCAAGGCCAUCUGCAAGAAGAUGGAUGCUGAGCUGCUGACCAUCAAAUCCAAAGAAGAGAAUGACUUUCUGGAAAAGAGUCUCAGUGAUGACCCUCUCAUCACCACACAUGUAUGGCUCGGCGUGCAACUUGAUUCCCAAGGUAAGCCGCUUUCCUGGCAGGAUGGCUCGGAUCUGGCCUACAGUAACUGGAAGUCGGAGGAGACUCUCUCCGGGAAGCAGUUGGAGCGCCCCUGUGCCGUCAUGAUGGCAGCAGAUGGUGGGGUCUGGAAUCUGGUCAGCUGCAAGACGACCAGGAGUCGGGUUGUCUGCAAAACUCAAGCAAAGUCUGCAGGCUCCCCCGUGGCCCUGGGUCUCUUCAUCAUCGUCACCAUCGCUCUGGUGCUGACCAUCGCCUAUAUCAUCAAGAAGAAAAGACACCACUUCACCCCCACCAUCCGCUACCAGAGGACCUUCGACCACUCAGACGCCACCAGUAUAAUAACAGAUGCUGACUGAGCUUGCUCGACUAAUCAGCCUCAGGGAAUAUCCAUAAACCUGCCUCACGAGCAUUUUACUUUCACACAUCCAAACUUUUUUAUUUUCUUUUUCCUGCUGGACUUUUUUUUUAACUGUAAAUAGUGAAUGUGAAUAGCUGGCAGUAUUUUCUCUUUUGAGAUUUUAGUUUUUUGUUUUCUCUCUAUACAAGGGCUGGAGGUGACUCUGUAAUCCACGUGGAUUUGCACUGAUGCAUGAGCUGACUUCAAACUGAAACGUAGCGCGCCAUUUACACUGUGUGGUGUUCAAAAGGAAUUGAAUCAAACUGAAGUGUUUUGACUCCAACUAGAAACUGAUGAUGCUGGAAGAGGAGCAUUGAACUGCAGGGGAUCCAUCAACUCUUCAAAGGAAACACAGUUUGUCGAUUUCAGCAGCCAAUAAUAUCCUCCACAACUUAAGGAUUUUACUUGCCUUUUCUGACCGUCUGAAUUUUUCAAGCUAAAGUUUACCAGCUGAUUUGUUUUGGGGUUUUUUUAUAAAUGAGACAAACAAUUCACCUUCGAUUAGAUUUAUUGAACUAAUUUAUACUUCUCCUUAACUUCCAGGGAUAAAUGAGUCGAUUAUUGUUGAUGGAUAAGGAAAAAAACUGACUUUGAGGCCUUGUGAUCAAGCUUUAAUGGUAGGAAAACGUCUUAAUCUCUCAUGUGCAUCUGUUUUAUGCGCACGACUACUGAUCCAAGCAUGCACUUUAAAAUUGUGAGGGGAAAGCAGUUCCUGCAAUAUGUUGAAGCACAAAGUGAGUUGUUUAUUUUUUUCAGAUUGCACUGUUUGCUUUGUAAAUAUGAGGUUUUAUAACUUAAGAGUGAACCAAAGAUGCUUACUAUGUCAAGUGCCUGCAUUUUACCUUAAUGAACUGCCUUAAAAACAUGUUUUUAAUGCUAACCAUCACUCCUACUUGUCUGUCAGCUUUAAUCAGGUACGCCAAACUUUCAAUAAAAAUCAUCUUUAAACUCUUU